AUGGUUGCUAAACUUUUUAAUAUUAAACGUUGCAUUAUUGACGUCGAUCAUCAAAUUAUUCGACAUAAUCACGAAGUACAUGCUCCAAGUGUUUGCACAAAGAAAUUAACCACUUUCGCUUCAAAGCUGACUAGUUGCUGUAGAGACGUUGAUAAAAAAGAUCUGAUAAUAUCGAAGAACGAUACUAUAGCAUCCUCGGAUGGAUCGCGCCAAGAAGACAUACCUGCUCAUAAUGUGGAAAAAGUAAAUGAAAAUAAACGGCGCCGCUGGAUUUCAAAAGUCGAUGUGGAAGAUUCAACAAAACAAUCUGGAAAUGUGCCGUCAUCCUCGUCGCAAUCAUUACAAAAAACAAGGUCCACAGAAAAUGAAACAGUCAAGGAAAUUGACCGAUCUCAUCCGGCACAUUCAGAGCAUGAACGAGAAGUACUGAACGUGUACGGUAAAUUUCUUACUUUAAACAAAAAGAGAAACACAAUUGUAAUUUUGAUUCUAACUGUAACUGUUAUCUCCGCUGUUAUUAUUGCUGGUUUCGAAGGUUGCUUCAUGGCCAACAUUACUGUUUAUGCAGACGGUCCAUGUCCAUACUAUGGUGUUAUGGAUUGUUAUUACGGUUCCAGUGGUACUUACUUUAAUUGUACACCUGAUAUUUCAAUUACUCUGCCAGCAUCCAUCAAGAGUGCGACAUGUUUUCGUUGGAUUGGACGUGAUAUUACAGUGUCUGAUGUCAUGACACAAGUUGGUGCUUGUACAGGAUUAUUAACUGCGUUGGGAUCUGUUCUAGAAGUCUUUAUACGACUCCUAUAUUUUGUAUUUCAACAGCGCCUUGGUGUAUCAACUGGCAUACGUCGUGUGAUGGAAAAAACAGUAGGUAUUAAUCGAUUUACUCAACCAUGUCAUGGUGGGUGCUGCACAAUACCAUGUCGUCUCGGUGUUCUGGAUCUACGCUUAUACCAACAUCCGAUUCUUGUUAUACUUGUCUUCCUUAUUUACGCCUUGAUACCCAUACUUGUUAUUGCCGCAAUUGUUUUAAUGUCAGACUUUCGAAUCAGUAUAACAUCCUUAACGUAUAUUGUUAUGAUUACACUCAUACUGAUUUCAUGUAUGGGUCUCUUAUGGAUAUUGUGGGAAGAAAAUGAAAUUGACUUAGUCAUACCGGGUGCAUGGAACGAUGCAACAGAUACAUUCAAUUCAAUAAAAGAGCCUUUAAAAAAAUCCAGGCAUCUUCUUGAUAGUUUUAAGCCAGAAGAAGAUAAGAAGAAAUCAAAAGAAGAUAAGAAGGAAUCAAAAGACGCUCACAGUGAUAAUGAAUCAGCAAUCGAUCAGCUAGCGGAAGGUGCUGAAGACGUUUUCGGACCUAAAAAGCAUUCUGAAAAUCAAGAUACAAUAGAGAAAGCAGAACAAUUCAAGCGCCGAUCUAGAGAUAUACGUCCAACAGUCAAAAACUUUUCAUUACAAGGUUCAGCUCAAGAAAUAAAAUCAAAAAUAGAAACCGAAAAAGAAAAAGAUAUCAAAAAUCGCAAGACUUAA